CUCAAUCUUAAGUAUUUUAACCUUCAACAUCAGAUAAAACUCAACUGAGCUGAGCCUUGAAAGCUGUCACAAAUCGUAACAUUGUACUAUAGAUACUGUUUGCCCUUUUAUACAUAUUAUUAUGUCAUUCUUGUUUAUUUGUAAAAAAAAAAAAUGUCUAAGUAAUAAGAUGUCAAUUAGAUAUCAUUGUCAUAGUAAGUCCAUGUGUAGCUUUUGAAUAGUACAACCUUACCUUAGCUUCCUUAUCAACCUUACAUCUUCUUAGUCAAUAAAAAGCUAUGUUUUAUUUCUUAGCUAUGUCUUUUUUACCAUUUCAUUGUCAUUUUGUUUACACAAGUGUAUUCUCUUAUAAUGUAACUGUUGACCCAGGAAAAGCCACUGUACGUCUAAAUGUUGUCUGGGGGCUGAGACGAGGACUGCAUAUCUCUUAAAAUAGCCCAGUACGGAACUCGAGAGUGCAGUUGUGCGGACUGAGAAAAACACUGUUAGUGGUUGUGCUUGGAUUCUGUGCCCAUUGCAACAUCUUCAGACCUGUUGCUUCGUCGCUGAUGUGACUUCUCUCCAAAGCUGGUCCAUAAGAAGCACAGGAGGUUCUCUUGGAUCUGCUUCUCAAAUAGUUUCUCCUUUGGAGCUGGCUGAUUUUAGGCAUACGAUGGGGGUUGUGUCCCAAACCAUUUGUCCUCGGGCUCGGACCCCGUCAGAUGAGGACCUGAAGAACCCCAAACAGGAGAAAAUGCAGUUGAAGAGGGAGAUCUCGCUCAUCAAUGGGAUCUGUCUUAUAGUUGGAAACAUGAUUGGCUCUGGAAUUUUUGUCUCUCCAAAGGGAGUCCUCCUUUAUAGCGCCUCCUACGGGCUGGCUCUGCUCAUAUGGGCACUGGGAGGUUUGUUUUCUGUGUUUGGGGCACUGUGUUACGCAGAGCUUGGCACCACUAUCACUAAAUCUGGAGCCUCAUAUGCCUACAUCCUUGAGUCUUUUGGUGGGUUUCUGGCCUUCAUUCGCCUCUGGACGUCUAUUCUCUUGGUAGAGCCGGCCAGCCAGGCCAUCAUCUCCCUGACCUUUGCAAACUACUUGGUGGAGGCCUUCUACCCUACCUGCCAGCCCCCGUAUGACGGCGUGCGCCUCAUUGCUGCAGCUUGCCUCUGCAUGCUUAUUUUCAUUAACUGUGCCUAUGUGAAGUGGGGUACUCUGGUUCAGGAUAUCUUCACUUAUGCCAAAUUGCUGGCCCUCCUUCUCAUUAUUGUGGUGGGUCUUCUGACAAUAUUGACAGGUGAAACAAAGAGCUUUGACAGUCCAUUUGAAGACUCAAACACUGAUCCAGGGGCUUUAGCACUGGCCCUGUACUCUGCUCUCUUCUCCUUCUCCGGAUGGGACACACUCAACUUUGUCACUGAAGAAAUACAAAACCCAGAGAGAAACCUUCCCCUGGCCAUUGCCAUCUCCAUGCCCAUAGUGACGGUUAUUUACCUGCUGACCAAUGUGGCGUACUACGUGGUUUUGGACAUGCCCUCUCUGCUCGCCAGUGAUGCUGUGGCUGUGACAUUUGGGAACGCUGUCAUGGGCCCCUUUAAGUGGAUCAUUCCCAUUUCUGUGGCCAUGUCCUGUUAUGGAGGACUCAAUGCAUCUGUCAUCGCAGCAUCACGGUUGUUUUUUGUUGGAGCUAGAGAGGGCCACCUGCCGAACAGUCUGAGCCUGAUUCAUAUAGAGCGAUUUACCCCCAUACCUGCACUGCUCUUCAAUGGUGUUAUGGGUUUGAUCUUCCUUUGUGUGGAGGACGUGUUCCAGCUGAUAAACUACUUCAGCUUCAGUUACUGGCUCUAUGUGGGGCUAUCAGUGGCUGGUCUCAUCUACCUUCGCUACACGCAGCCUGACAGACACCGACCUGUCAAGCUGAGUCUGUUCUUCCCAUACAUCUACUGCCUCUGUAGCCUGUUCCUGGUCAUUGUUCCGCUCUAUUGGGACACAGUCAACUCCCUCAUUGGGAUCGGCAUUGCUCUGUCUGGUAUUCCUGUAUAUUAUGUGGCAAUUUAUCUCCCUGAAGAAAGAAGGCCAAAGUUUAUAUGCAAACUAAAUGGUAAGUUCUUCACCUACUCUUCAACCAAGGUUCAGUCCAGUGUCCAAUGAGUAUAAAUAAGGCUAGAGAAAUCAUCUCCAUGGUGUCUUCUGGUGUCCCAGCAGCCAUGUUUUGACUGUGAAAUUCUAAUCAAGAACUCAUGUCAAAUAAUAUGAAGAGCAGUUUUUUAGCUUCAUCUUACAUCCAUGUUUAACCAUACUAACGAAAAUAAAACUAUUUUUCAUGCCAAUAAAAAUCUUUUAAAAAAAAGUACUGUAAUUCUGCAUUAAAUGUACUAUAUUGUUGAUCAAUGUCAUAUUAUUAAGGUGAAUAUUGAUUUUCAGUAGAAUAAAUCUGCCUUAUUGGGACAUCUAAACUGCAUUUUGUUCUAGCUUUGCUUUUCCAUUAUUAGUUAGGCCCGAGUGCCAGAGACUGGCGAAGGGCCUAUUAGUAUCGCAAAGCGAUGCUCCAAGUGGCCGAAAAAUGGAAUGGCGCGACGUGACUCGCCCGUAGUGACCAGGGACCCUCGCCAUCACGUAGCAAUGAGGUUUCCGAAAAUGUAUAGUUUGUCAGCCAAAAAAAAGCGGAACAUUGUUCUCGUAUCGGUUGGUUAUUCUCCUAACCAACUCACCCAUUUUUCACCCACUGAACAAUGACGAAAAGUCCUGAAAUUUUGCCAUCUGGUAAAACUCGCGCUUCUCUAACUUUUGGCUAUUUUCAUUUACCAAAAAUAAAUAAAAUGGCUCGUCAGCACCCCCAAACGACUCAAAAAUGCAUUAGGGAAUACGAAUGACACCAAAAAAAAUUUGCAGGUACAAUCAUAAAAUUUGACACAGAAGUCGAUCAUGUCAAGACAAGGAAAUAUAAAAAAAUAUUAUUACACAUAUUA